AUGGCGGGGGCCUCGGUGAAGGUGGCGGUGCGAGUUCGCCCCUUCAACUCGCGGGAGAUGAGCAAAGAGAGCAAGUGCAUCAUCCAGAUGUCAGGAAACACAACCACUAUCAUCAACCCCAAAGUACCCAAAGAAACCAAGAGCUUCAGUUUUGAUUACUCUUACUGGUCACAUACCUCGCCAGAGGACAUCAACUAUGCGUCUCAGCAGCAGGUCUACAGGGACAUUGGCGAGGAGAUGCUGCUCCAUGCCUUUGAGGGCUACAACGUCUGCAUUUUUGCAUACGGCCAGACUGGUGCUGGCAAAUCAUAUACCAUGAUGGGCAAACAAGAAAAGGACCAGCAAGGAAUAAUCCCACUGCUGUGUGAAGAUCUUUUCACCAAGAUCAAUGACAGUAAUACUGACAACAGCAUGUCUUAUUCUGUAGAGGUAAGCUAUAUGGAGAUUUACUGUGAGCGUGUACGGGACCUGCUUAACCCCAAAAACAAAGGGAACCUGCGAGUGAGAGAGCACCCAUUGUUGGGUCCAUACGUGGAAGAUCUGUCAAAGCUUGCUGUGACGUCAUACAAUGACAUUCAAGACCUGAUGGACUCGGGAAAUAAGGCCAGGACGGUGGCUGCCACCAACAUGAACGAAACAAGCAGUCGCUCUCAUGCUGUCUUCAACAUCAUCUUCACACAGAGGAGGCACGACGCAGAGACAGACAACACAUCUGAGAAGGUCAGCAAAAUCAGUCUGGUGGAUUUAGCUGGCAGUGAAAGAGCUGACUCCACUGGAGCCAAAGGCACUCGGCUCAAGGAGGGAGCAAACAUAAACAAAUCCCUCACCACACUAGGGAAAGUCAUUUCAGCUUUGGCUGAGGUGGAUUCUGGAUCAAACAAGAACAAGAAGAAAAAGAAGGUGGAAAGUUUUAUCCCAUACAGAGAUUCUGUACUGACAUGGUUACUCCGAGAAAAUUUAGGUGGAAAUUCUCGAACUGCCAUGGUAGCUGCUCUCAGUCCUGCAGAUAUCAACUAUGACGAGACUCUCAGCACACUCAGGUAUGCAGACAGAGCCAAGCAGAUCCGCUGUAACGCUGUCAUUAAUGAGGACCCCAACAACCGGCUGGUGCGUGAGCUGAAGGAUGAGGUGUCACGCCUGAAAGAGCUCCUCUAUGCCCAGGGCUUGGGUGACAUCAUUGAAAUGACCAAUGCCAUGACAGGGAUGAGUCCUUCCCCCUCCCUCUCCGCCCUGUCCAGUCGUGCUGGAUCCAUUAGCAGCCUGCAUGACCGCAUCAUGUUCAGCCCUGGGAGUGAAGAGGCCAUUGAGAGGCUCAAGGAAACAGAGAAAAUCAUUGCUGAGCUCAAUGAAACAUGGGAAGAGAAGCUUCGCCGUACCGAGGCCAUCAGGAUGGAAAGAGAGGCCUUGCUUGCUGAGAUGGGUGUAGCCAUGAGGGAAGAUGGAGGCACUGUUGGCGUCUUUUCACCUAAAAAGACUCCUCAUUUGGUGAACUUGAAUGAAGAUCCUCUGAUGUCUGAGUGUCUCCUUUACUACAUUAAAGAUGGAAUCACCAGGGUGGGAAGAGAGGAUGCAAUGACAAGGCAGGACAUUGUCCUUAGUGGACAUUUCAUCAAGGAUGAGCACUGUAUUUUUACGAGCAGUGCAGGACCUAUGGGAGAAGUCAUUCUGGAGCCGUGCGAAGGGGCUGAGACUUACGUCAAUGGGAAGAAAGUAAUAGAGCCCACUGUCCUCAGAUCAGGGAACCGUAUUAUCAUGGGAAAGAGCCACGUGUUCCGCUUCAACCACCCGGAGCAGGCAAGACAGGAGCGGGAAAGGACUCCGUGUGCUGAGACUCCAGCUGAACCUGUGGACUGGGCCUUUGCUCAGAGAGAGUUGCUAGAGAAACAGGGUAUUGACAUGAAACAAGAAAUGGACCAGAGACUUCAGGAGCUGGAGGACCAGUACCGCAAAGAGAGGGAGGAGGCCAAUAAUCUUCUGGAGCAACAGAGACUAGAUUAUGAAAGCAAGUUGGAGGCCUUGCAGAAGCAGGUUGAUCGUUAUUAUCCUGAAGCAGCAGAGGAAGAGGAUGAACCUGAGGAGGAAGUGCAAUGGACUGAGAGGGAGACCGAGCUGGCGAUGUGGGCUUUCAGAAAGUGGAGGUGUUACCAGUUUACCUCUCUCAGAGACCUUCUCUGGGGCAAUGCCAUCUUCCUCAAAGAGGCCAAUGCAAUUAGUGUGGAGCUCAAGAAGAAGGUGCAGUUUCAGUUUGUGUUGCUGACUGACACGCUGUACUCUCCACUUCCUCCUGACUUACUGCCUUCUGAUGUGAGUAAAGGGCGUGAGAAAAGCCCAUUUCCCCGCACCAUCGUGGCUGUGGAGGUGCAGGACCAGAAAAAUGGAGCUACACAUUACUGGACCCUGGAGAAGCUCAGGCAGCGUUUGGACCUGAUGAGGGAGAUGUAUGACCGAGCUGCAGAGGUUCCCAGUGGUGCCGCAGAGGAGUGUGACAAUGUGCUGACGGGAGGAGACCCUUUCUACGAUCGUUUCCCUUGGUUCCGCCUGGUUGGAAGGGCCUUUGUGUAUCUAAGCAAUCUGCUGUAUCCUGUGCCCCUGGUACAUCGGGUAGCUAUUGUCAGCGAGAAGGGAGAGGUCAAGGGUUUUCUGCGUGUAGCAGUGCAGGCAAUAUCAGCUGAUGAGGAGGCACCCGACUAUGGCUCAGGUGUGAGGCAGUCUGGAACGGCCAAGAUCUCCUUCGAGGACCAGCAGUUUGAGAAGUUCCAAUCAGAGUCCUGCCCAGCUGGUCUCUCCCGCACUGGACUUUCCCAGGAGGAACUGCGAAUCGUGGAGGGUGAGGGACAGAAUGCAGAGAUGGUGCCAUCUGCUGAUGAGGUCAACAACAACACUUGCGCAGCUGACCCAGAAGAUCUGGACAGCACCAUGAAAGAUGGUGUUCUGGAUGGCGCUUUGGACCACCUGAAGAUUGGAGAGCUCUUUACAUUCAGAGUCACCGUGCUCCAGGCAUCCAGCAUCUCCGCCGAGUAUGCAGACAUCUUCUGCCAGUUUAAUUUCAUCCACCGGCAUGACGAGGCAUUUUCCACAGAGCCACUGAAAAACACUGGACGAGGUCCACCCCUGGGCUUCUAUCAUGUGCAGAAUAUUGCGGUGGAGGUCACUAAGUCUUUUGUGGAGUACAUAAAGACCCAGCCUAUCGUGUUUGAAGUGUUUGGUCACUAUCAGAAACAGCCCUUCCCUCCACUGUGCAAGGACCUAAUCAGCCCAUUGCGUCCAUGUAGAAGACAGUUCCCAAGAGUCAUGCCUCUGUCCAAACCAGUACCUGCUACUAAGCUGACGACCCUUACACGACCCACAGCUGGACCCUGCCACUGUAAAUAUGACCUAAUGGUAUUCUUUGAGAUCUGUGAGCUGGAGGCCAAUGGAGACUACAUUCCUGCUGUAGUAGACCACAGAGGUGGAAUGCCCUGUCAUGGCACCUUCCUGUUACACCAGGGAAUUCAGAGACGAGUGACAGUGACUAUAGUGCAUGAGACAGGGGGUGACGUUAAUUGGAAAGAGGUUCGUGAGCUGGUUGUAGGCCGCAUUCGAAACACACCAGAAGCAGAUGAGACCAUCAUCGACCCCAACAUUCUGUCCCUCAACAUCCUGUCUGCUGGAUACAUCCAGCCAACUCAAGAUGACAGGACAUUCUACCGCUUUGAAGCUGCCUGGGAUUCAUCCAUGCACAACUCGCUCCUGCUGAACCGAGUGACUCCAUAUGGAGAGAAAAUCUAUAUGACUUUGUCUGCUUACCUGGAGAUGGAGAACUGCACACAGCCUACAAUUAUAACCAAAGACUUCUGCAUGGUGUUUUAUUCCCGAGAUGCCAAGCUCUCAGCCUCACGCUCUAUCAGAAACCUGUUCAGCGGUGGGAGUCUGAGGCCAUCCGAAGGAAACCGAAUUACUGGAGUGUAUGAGCUCAGUCUGUGCCACCUGGCAGAUGCAGGCAGCCCAGGGAUGCAGCGGAGGCGCAGGCGGGUGUUAGAUACAUCCGUGGCAUAUGUACGAGGGGAGGAGAAUUUGGCUGGAUGGAGGCCCCGCAGUGACAGCCUCAUCCUGGACCAUCAGUGGGAGCUGGAGAAGCUCAGUCUCCUGCAGGAGGUGGAGAAAACCAGGCACUACCUCCUCCUGAAGGAGAAGCUGGAGUCCACCCUGCUGUUGGGCCAGGAGGUGCCGCUGUCCUGUGUGUGUGAAGAUCUGACCGAGUCCUCCUCCCCCUCCAAACACCCGGGGCAGGGUUAUGACCCUGAUGCUGACCCUGGGCAUGAAAUAACCAAUGAGAGGCAGCGCAAACUUGCCGCCAAGUGUUUGCGUUUGCUUACCCACACAUUCAACAGAGACUACAGCCAUGUGUGUGUGAGUGCCAGUGAGAGCAAGCUAAGCGAGAUGUCUGUAACACUGAUAAGAGAUUCCACCUCUAUCUCUGACAUCAACACACUCACACCCUCCUCCACCUGUCCCUCGCUGGUGGAGGGACGCUACAGCAGCAACACUGAGCUCAGACCCCCGACACCUCGCUCCCGUGCUGUGAGCCCCAACCGAGGCUCAAUAUCUGAUGGCGAGGGCAAGAAAUCUCCCAACGGAGCUCCAGAGUCCAAAUCAAGGACCCACACAUUUGUCCCUGACAUUCAGGAAAUCCGUGUCAGCCCAAUAGUAUCGAAAAAGGGCUAUCUGCACUUCUUGGAGCCGCAUACUAAUGGCUGGGUGAAACGCUAUGUGGUGGUGCGCCGGCCGUACGUCUACAUCUACAAUUCAGAGAGAGACACAGUGGAGAGAGCCAUCCUCAACCUGUCUUCUGCACAAGUGGAGUACAGUGAGGACCAGCAGGCCAUGCUGAAGACGCCCUACACAUUUGCCGUGUGCACAGAGCAUCGUGGGAUACUCCUGCAAGCCAGUAAUGACAAAGAGAUGCAUGACUGGCUGUAUGCAUUUAACCCUCUCCUUGCUGGCUCCAUCAGGUCCAAACUCUCUAGAAGAAGAGCAGCACAGAUGAGGCUUUGA